UUUUUGUCAGUCCUCUCAAAUUUUUACAUAAUUUUCAUUUUGUUACAGGGCCGUCAUACAAAAACUGGACAGCUGGCCGCUAUUAAGGUUAUGGAUGUUACAGAGGAUGAAGAGGAAGAAAUUAAAUUGGAAAUCAAUGUUCUCAAGAAGUAUUCAAACCAUCGAAAUAUAGCUACAUACUAUGGCGCUUUCAUAAAAAAAUCGCCUCCCGGAAAAGAUGACCAACUCUGGCUGGUUAUGGAAUACUGCGGUGCAGGAUCUGUUACUGAUUUGGUGAAAUCCACCAAGGGUCAGUCAUUGAAAGAAGAGUGGAUCGCAUAUAUUUGUAGAGAAAUUUUGAGAGGUUUGUCCUAUUUGCAUUCAAACAAAGUUAUACACAGGGAUAUCAAGGGACAGAAUGUACUGUUGACGGAUAAUGCUGAAGUGAAGUUGGUCGAUUUUGGGGUUUCUGCCCAGUUGGAUCGAACAAUUGGCCGCAGAAAUACUUUUAUCGGUACCCCUUAUUGGAUGGCUCCAGAAGUCAUAGCAUGUGAUGAAAAUCCCGACGCAACUUAUGACAACCGCAGUGAUUUGUGGUCUUUGGGGAUCACGGCCUUGGAAAUGGCAGAGUCGCAACCACCUUUAUGCGAACUUCAUCCAAUGAGAGCACUAUUUCUCAUACCUAGGAAUCCUCCUCCGCGUCUGAAAAAUAAAAAGUGGAAUAAGAAGUUUCACGGAUUCAUAGACACUGUUCUAGUCAAGGAUUAUCAUGAGAGGCCUUAUACGGAACAACUUUUGAAACAUCCAUUCAUCAGGGACCAACCUACUGAGAGACAGGUUAGAAUUCAACUGAAAGAUCACAUCGACCGAUGUAAAAAGAGAAAACAAGAAAAAGAGAGGGAAGACUACAGAUAUUCAGGUUCUGAAAAUGAAGAAGAAGAACCGCAACUUGCAGGAGAGCCUAGUAGUAUUGUUCAAGCUCCUGGUGGUGAUACACUACGCAGGAAUUUCCAACAAAUACAAGAAGGGCGCACUCUUAGCCAAGUUGAACCUCCAUCAAGGUACAAGAAAUUCCCUGGAUCUUGUGAACUCGACGCUCUUGCAGCACAUUUGAACGAACUCGGGGUCCAGCAAACUGCCCAACCAGAAGCUCCUCCACGAAAUAAGAAUUACAAACAGGCUCAGUCGGCAGCUAACAAUAAUGUAUCCACUCCUAGCUCUGCUAUUAACCAUAUGCCUAGCAACCAGCCUAGCAGUAAUAACGUUGACAGCGAGACAGAUUCAGAGCCGGAGGAUAACGGCAGAGUGAGAAAUGAUGGUACGCUACUGGCCAGUGACCCGCCUAAGCCCCUGGCAGGUUUGGGUGUGGUUCCGGAGGGUACUGCUAGUGUUUCUAGUCCAGGAGCUACAGCCGGAUCAGGAUCUAGUUCUGGAAGUGCUCCCAACAGACCAUUACCCCCAACGCCAGAUGACGAUGAAUCUCAAGGAGACAGAACUCUUGUUCUCAGGAAGCAGUCCGCAGCUAAUUUAGAUGACAAACUCCGCAAUGUUGAAGAUAUUGACGAAGCAACACUGCUCAGAGAGUGGGAUUUCGACAAGUUUUUUCCAGUGAGAGUCGCCAAUAUUCAGUCUUCCACGUCUACAUCCAACAGUUCUGAAAAAAAAAGUGAUGAAAAUGACAUGAAACAAGGACACAGGAGAAUGGAGAGCGACUCAAAAAUUUCAAAUCCCUUCUUCAGAGGUUUCCGUAGAGAAAAUUCAGAUUUUUUCCCCAUGAGUUCAAGACAUUCGGCUAUAUAUAUUGACAAAAAUGCCAGAUCGAGCGGUAUAUUCAGUAACAGAAGGGGCUCUGAUGUUGGAAUGUCAAAAAAGACAAGUGGGGAGCCUAUAUUGAUGGAUUAUAUUAAGAAAACUGAUUCAUUAGUAAGCUCCACUUCUAAAAAAAAGACUGAUGUUGAUCUUGGCCGAUCCGAAAAAAAAGAAGGUAGUUUAUUGAAGAAUUUUAUUCGUCCUAGACGUGAAAAAACUGAGUCUGAUAUAGUACUGAGACACUCGGAAGCCAGGCGAAGUAUAAGAGAAACUCUGGAGGCUCGUAGAAAAGAAAUAGAAUCUCAGUUUUGCAAAGAAGCUGAUAGUAUGCGAAGGCAUAGUUCAAAACCUAUUGAAAUAAGUUCUUUGAAUAUAUCGGAUAUCUCGAAUACAUCGACUGGUUCGAAUUCUACUGCAGGGGAUGAAUUUUCUUUCAUUCAGAAUGGAAGAAGUGGUGAUCAUCCUCGACAAAGUGUAUUACCGGACCUCCUAAGUCAGGCCAGUGGUAGUCCUGGUACACCAUCUACUCGCGAUAAAUCCACUAGUGAAGAGUUUCUAAUAACCCCGCCUUCGUCCAAAACUCCUCCACACCAUAUGCACGCUAAUGCUCUUGCCUUGCAACAGAAACAACGUUCAUUCCUAGCGUUUGGUUUUGGAGCCAAUUCAGCACCUUCUAGAAGAGAAUCACAUGUCAACGUAAAUGUGACACCCACCUCGCAUGAAUUAUCUUCGGACACUCCAGAAAUCAGGAAAUACAAGAAAAGGUUCAACAGCGAAAUAUUAUGUGCAGCGCUAUGGGGUGUGAAUCUCCUCAUAGGCACAGAACACGGACUUAUGCUUUUGGAUAGGAGUGGUCAAGGUAAAGUGUACCAACUAAUAUCAAGAAGGAGGUUUCAACAGAUGGAAGUACUUGAAGGUCAGAAUAUUCUUGUUACGAUAUCAGGGAAGAAGAAUAGAGUUAGAGUGUACUAUCUCAGUUGGCUGAAGAGUAAAAUAUUGAGGACAGAUGGUGUUAGUGAUGUGAGUGUAGAUCUUUUGUUAUAUUAUUUUAUUGGAAUUCGUUCCAGUACCCUAACUUUUUAUCCCCCAGAUUAAUUCAUUUAUAUCUCCGAUCAAAUAUAUUUUCAUAAAAUCUAAAUGAAGAAAACCCAUUGCAGAACUCUUAGCAAUAUGUUCAAGCAUUAAAAAAGGUAAUAUUUCA